AUCAUCAUCAUCAUCACUUCAUCCUUCACUGUCACAUUCGAGCACAAUAUCAACAAAAUUCAAUCGAUUAUUAUCGCCAAAAACCUAUUUAGAAACAACUACAACAAUAUAUGCGCCUCCUACUAUUCUGCCAUUAUCAUCUCUUAGUACAUUACAAACAACUGAUCCAACCAUAACGUCAGAUAUCACUGAGAAAAGUUCCAUUAAUAUUUUCUCUGAUGAAUCGUCUUCCCCAAGUUAUACAUCAACCGUUUCAUCUCUAUUAUCUACAACAACAGAUGAUCAAUUCACAUCUAGAUCUUCAAGUAUAUUCUACGACGAAUCACUUACGUCUACAAUAUCUUUAGAAUCAAGUACGAUCGAUUAUACAGCGCUUUUAACAACUCUCAUUACCGGUACCAAUCUGGAUUCCACUACGAUAGUCCAAACAAAUGAAUAUUCAACUCUUCUAUUAGAAACUACGAAUAAUGAACAUGUCGAAAAAUACACUUCGAUUCAAUCUUCACCAGAAAUAGCAUCAACUAUUUUUCUUGAUGUAUAUAAUUUUGAAACUGAAUAUUCUACUCUCGUUGUAACUUAUCCAUCGACACGACCUACUCGACCGACUAGAAGAAGGACUAGUAAAUUAUCAACAACAACAACAACAACAACAACAUCAACCACUACUUCUACAAAAUCAAUACAUAAGCAUCGAACUCGUAGACGAAAAAUAACUCGUUGGAAAUCACAAACAUCAACUGUUACUACAGAUACCACUUCAGAUCGAAUAUCCACCAUAAACUAUAAAUUUUUAACUUCUUCUUCAUUCUCUCUCGAUCAUUCAAAUUUGACAUCUCUUCAACAACAACAAAUGAUUAUAAUCAAACCAUCAAAAACCACAAAUUUAUCAAAUACACUUUUAUCCAAUGAAUUAUUCAAUACAUUAUUCAACAGUACAACUAAUUCUUCCACCGAAAAAUUUAUUUAUUUUGAUUUACUUGAUCAUCCACCAUCAUCAUGGAAUCUUUCAUUGAAAACAAACGAAAGUAUUGUUCUUGAUAUAGCAUUACCAUCGUCGUCUUAUUCAUCAAAUCUUCAUCCAACAACAACAACAAAUUUAACAAUUACAAAUAUAGAAGCAAAUCGUUUAUCAACAAAUAUUAUUGGUUCACCAAUUAAUUUACAACUUGAUAGAAUUCAAGCAAAAAAAUUUUCAUUAGCAAUGGAUCAAACAAAUAGUCAAACAAAUCAAUCAUUAUCUGAUGUAGUUAUUGGUUAUAUAAAGA